UAAUGAAAAAAAGACAAAGGCCAGUAACGUCAUUUUCGACACUUUCAUACGACUUUUUUUGCUAAACGAAUGUGGUUGAGUAGCAUAGGGCUAAAAGUUUUAAAAUUACUACGCUAAUUACUGACAUCGUAAACGAUCAAAAUGCCUUACUACGCAGUGGCUAGUGGUCGUUCGAUUGGAGUUUAUGAUAAUUGGGAGGAUUGCAAAGACCAAGUUCAUGGAUAUUCCCAUAAUAAAUAUAAGAAGUUUGAUACACCAGAUCAAGCUUGGGACUUUGUUGACCAACAUUCUUCAAAUACUGGACAGUCAUUUAAUACUAACAAUAAAGCUAUAGCUUAUCGAGGUAACAAUCAAGUUGCACUAAAAGGUUACCGUGGUGAAGUUAGCGGUUAUCAACGUACUGAUUAUACGGAAGGAAGAAAUACUGUCAUCGUACGCGAACGUCUUUACAGGAGUGGCAGAGAUGGAAAUGGAUAUUUUGUCGAAAACAGCACACGUACAUACUGGAAAGAUAAUAAUUAAAGAGAUGCCAACCAUGUGUAUGAGAACAAC